GAAGAAGCAGAAGUAGAAAAUCAUUAACGUCUCAAACAUGGAAGUCUAUCACACUGUGAUCUUCUUCUUCUUCCUCUCUCUGCAGGAUGAAAACUUUGGUGUCAUUAGUGCAGAAGCGGUAACUUUCUACAUAGUACUUGAAGGAGAAAAUGUGGAAGUCGGAUGCUCGACUUCUUCAGCCUCAACUAGAAAGUUUUUCUGCAGAGAAGAAUGUAGUCUGAAGGACAUCAUCAUAGAAACACCUCGUGUCAGCGCUCAAGAAGGCAGAUUCAGCAUUGAAUGGAAGCAGAGACCACAAACUCGAUCCGGAGAUGUUUCUGUGAAAGUCUCACAGCUGACCAAGUCUGACUCCGGACGCUACAGGUGUGGUCUCGGUUCAUCUUUAUCAUCAGCUUCAUACACGGACAUUGAAAUCAUCGUUGUAGACGCACGGCUGGAAGGAAACAGAAGAGAAGCUGUCAGAGCAACAACUGGAGGGAGUUUCACAGCAGCAUGCUCUUUCCCUGCGUCUUCAAUUUUCAGUUUGAGAAGUGCAUUCUUCUGCAAGGACGAAUGUUUGUUCAUGUUAAUUGAAUCAGUUGAUAAAACAAAGCAGUCUGACAGAUAUUCCAUCAGAUAUGUACAAUUUCCAACUGGAGGAUCAUCUGUGUAUGUAAGCAUCUCACAGCUGACCCCGUCUGACUCAGGACGGUACAGGUGUGGUCUGAUAAGAAAUGGGGUCCGUGAUCUUGAGCGCACAUUCGAGGUCUUUGUCGCAGACGUCUCAACAACACCAAAACAUAAUUUAAUACCCUCAACAUCAGUCCCAUCAGCAGCAACAACACCGAGCAAACAUGUAGCUGUGACCCCGAUACCCACCGAGCAGUCUGGAACAACAACGACAACAGAAAUGUUGCUGUACGCAGGACUGACCCUGGUGAACUUGGUUGUCCUCUUUUCUCAUGUUAUGAUCAUAUUCUGCAGAAGGAAGUCUUCAAAACCAAAGGGUUCGACCACCGGUGGAAGCAAGGACUACGUGAACAUGGAGAUUCCCCCCUUAGAGAACCAUCUUCCAGUCUCUUCAUUUGGAGACUCCACCUACGAAAGCCUCAAUCCAGCUACCAGGGACCAGAACCAAACCUACUCUACACUCAACCUUAGAGAAAACAUACAUGAGGCUGUUAAGAUUCAGACCUAGGAUCUUUUACUGUGUUUCAGUCCCAGUGUUUAUACGUCGACCCCGAGACACACAGCAGAACUUUAUUCAUCUGGAAGGAAGUUCUAGUGCCAGCUUCAAGUGGCAGCUGUAAAGUUUCACUUUGCUCAAACAGCUUUUUUCUGUGAAAGCAGCAAAAAUCCUGGAACUCUACGCUACGUGAUCCCUUGAAGCUCAAUGCCAACUUUGCCACUUUUACGAGAGCCACCAAAUCCUGGUUAGUUCAGCAACAGACUCGUACUCGUGUUUAACUCUCUGAAGCUAUAGCAAAGCUACAUGUGUCUUAUUGUAUCUCGCUGUGCCCAUUUCACUCUUUGUCUUUCAUUUUGAACUGUUUCAAUCUUUAAUUUACUCAAAAUCACAUUUAAAUUAUAUAAAAACAAAAAUAUCAAAAGCACUUGCUGUGCUACACAAAGUUAAGGAUUCAUUAGAUGAUAAAGCAUUGUACAUUUUAUAUAACUCAUUGAUUCUUCCAUAUCUCACAUACUGUGUUGAAGUAUGGGGAAGUGCCUGUAAAACAUUCACCCAUUCAAUUUUCAUUUUGCAAAAGAGAGCCAUAAGAAUCAUCAGUAGAAGUCGGUAUAGAGAUCCAUCAAACCCGAUAUUCAUUCAGUUAAAGUUGUUGAAAUUUCAUGAAUUAGUUGAUUACAGUAUUCUGUAAAUGAUGUAUAAUCAGAAAACAUUGCCAAAAAACAUCCAAAACAGAUUUAAAAAAAGGGAAAGGCGUUAUAAUUUAAAAGGAACAGAGAGCUUUAAUAAACCGAGAUUCAGAACCAAACUGAGGGAACGUUGUUUUACUGUGAAAGGAAUCUCAACAGAGAAACUAAAGAAUCAAACAUGAUAUUUAAAAGAAAAAUUAAAGCCAGUUUGUUGACUAAAUAUGUGGAAAUAUGUCAGUGAGAUGUAUUGUUCUGUUUCGUGAUGCUGUAACAAAAAUGUAUUGUGAUAUUCUUUGUACAGUGUAAAAUGAAUUGUUAAGGAGGACCUAUGAUGGGGCUGCCAGUGGCUGUGUUUGCCUGCAGCUAAUUUAAUUGUAUUUUUAUUGUUUUUGAAUUAAGUGUUUUGUUUUAAUUAAUGCUUUGUGAAAGAGGGGCAGAUAUUAUAAGAUUAGUCUUCUUUCUGCUCCUUUUCAUUCCAAAUUUGAGAUUUUAUGUUUUCUUUGUUUUUCUUAACUUUAUUGUUUUUUUGAAUGAAAUAAAAAUGUACAAAUAAAAAAGCUCUUCUAGGGACGAGUGUUUCGAAUUAGUAUCCUUUAUAAACACUCUGAUACGUGCAUUGGAUUGCUGUUUUCAGUUUGUCUAUGUAUCUUGUAUCUGUCC